AUGCGCUCCACUGUUUCUACCACCCUCGCCCUUGCGGCUCUGACCGCCUCGGCCCUCGCCAAAACCGACCUCGGCGGCUGCGUCUCCUCCUCCACCCGCGACGCCUACAACCAAGCCUCCAUGAUCUGGUACGUCCCGUCAUCCGGCGAGAUCUGCGAGCUCCUCGACUGCGGCGGCGGGCGCGCCCCGGCCAAGACCACCGUCCCGGGCUGCGGCGCCUAUCAGGGCACCGCGACGUACAGCCCACGGUUUCUGCCGGGCUGGGGCGCCGGGCCCACCAGUGCCGCGGCGGCGACGAGCGCCGAGGCUGUCGUGACGAGCGCGCCUGUGGAGACGAGCGCGGCGGCUGUGGAGACCAUGCCGACGUUCGCGGAGACUAGCGCACCGGCGGCUGUGACGAGCGAGGCGGCGACGAGCGCGGUGUUCUCGAGCGAGGGCGGCAUGGAGGUCAUGCCUAGCUAUACCGACGUCGCUAGCAGCGCUGCGGCUGUUACGUCUGUGGUCGAGAGUUCCGCACCUGCCGCAUCUUCUCACGCGGAGAUGUCGUCAAUGUCCACCCUCACGACCGUGCCGGCUGGUGCUGUUACCUCCCACGCUGCUUCUGCGUCCUCGGUGGUGGCAAUGCCGAGCAGUGGCACCUCGACUGUUGGGGGAGGGCGCAACGCGACUGUCACCACGCCUGCGGCUUCUUCUUUCACCGGCGCUGGUGUACCGCUUGCGGGAAUCAAUGGCGGGUUCGCGGGAUUGGUCGUUGGUGUUUUGGGCUGGUUAGCAAUGUUGUAG